AUGGCCAAGACCCAAAAGAACAAGGCCACAUCCUUUCACUUGGGUCAACUCAAGGCCAAGCUUGCCAAACUCAAGCGUGAGCUGCUGACGCCCUCGGGCGGCGGCGGCGGCGGCGGUGCCGGCUUCGAUGUCGCGCGCACGGGUGUCGCGAGUAUCGGCUUCAUUGGCUUCCCGUCCGUGGGGAAGAGUACGCUCAUGAGUAAGCUAACCGGCCAGCACUCUGAGGCCGCCGCCUAUGAGUUCACGACCCUGACGUCCGUCCCUGGUCAGGUCACCUACAACGGUGCGCCGCUGCAAAUCAUCGACUUGCCCGGUAUCAUUGAAGGAGCCAAGGACGGUCGCGGUCGUGGUCGGCAAGUCAUCGCCGUGGCCAAGACGUGCCAUCUCAUUUUCAUCGUGCUCGACGUCAACAAGCCCCUGACGGACAAGCGCAUCAUCGAGACAGAGCUUGAGGGCUUUGGUAUCCGCAUCAACAAGAGCCCGCCCAACAUUACGUUCAAGAAAAAGGAGAAGGGCGGUCUCAACAUCACGAGCACCGUGCCGCUGACGCACAUUGACCACGACGAGAUCAAGGCCGUCAUGAACGAGUACCGCAUCAACUCGGCCGACAUCGCCAUCCGCUGCGACGCCACCAUCGACGACCUCAUUGACGUCCUCGAGGCCAAGAGUCGCAACUAUAUCCCCGUCAUCUACGUGCUCAACAAGAUCGACGCCAUCAGCAUCGAGGAGCUCGACCUGCUGUAUCGCAUCCCUAACGCCGUGCCCAUCAGCUCCGAGCAGGGUUGGAACAUUGACGAACUGAUGGAGGCUAUGUGGGAGAAGCUACAACUCGUUCGCGUCUACACCAAGCCCAAGGGCAAGCUGCCGGAUUACUCCCAGCCCGUGGUGCUUCGAUCGAACCGGUGCACAGUCGAAGACUUUUGUAACCAAAUUCACAGGAGCAUUCUUGAACAGUUCAAGACUGCCAUUGUGUACGGUAAAUCUGUAAAGCAUCAGCCUCAGCGCGUCGGACUCGCCCACGAGCUAGCCGACGAGGAUAUCGUAACAAUCGUCAAGCGCUGA